AUGUCUCCACGCAGCAAACCUUUCUUGGGCCUGGAAGGCUCUGCUCUUUCAUGGGCCAUCAGCUUGUGCUCUGCCAGCGCCUUUCUGUUGUUCGGCUAUGACCAAGGAAUCAUGGGGAGUAUCAUCUCUACUCCCUAUUUCCUCGAAGCCGUCAACAUCGCAGCCACCAAUGCCGAUACCAUUUCCACCGUUGUUUCCAUAUAUGAUAUCGGCUGCAUGAUUGGAUGUCUUGUCGCCGCGAUUUGGGGUUCUUCUCUUGGUCGGAAGCGCACAAUUGGACUCGGGAUGGCAAUAAUGGUGGUUGGCAAUGUGGCUCAGCUCAUUGUCGGGAGAAUCAUCUCGGGCAUUGGCAACGGGAUGAACACCGGGACAGUGCCCACCUGGGUCUCUGAAACAUCCAAAGCCAAACAUCGGGGGCAAUUGGUCGCUACCCAGUUAUCAAUUGCAGCGUUUGGGAUUGUAAUCGCGUAUUGGAUGAACUAUGGCUUCUUCCACCUCACCGGACAAGUUGUGUGGCGCUUUCCAAUUGGCACUGCUGACUUUGUGACAGCCUUCCAGGCAGUGUUUGCCAUCGUCACCAUUGUUAGUCUUCCCUGGCUACCAGAAAGCCCCCGAUGGCUGUAUUCGAAGAACCGAAUCGAAGAGGCGGACAUAGUCAUGUCAGCUCUUAAGGGCCUCCCGAUCGAACAUGAAGUUGUCCAGGCCGAACGCAGCGAAAUCCUCGCCGCCAUUGCUCUGGAAGACCACUUUGGCGAGUACAGUCUUAAAACCAUCUUCUAUGAUAGAUCUGGUCAGAAGAUUCCUUUCCGAAUGGCUCUCGUUUUUAUCAUUCAGAUGAUCCAACAAUUACCGGGAGUCAACAUCGUCAUCUAUUAUUCCAGCACUGUCUUCUUGCAACUGGGAAUCUCGGCUAAACUUUCUUUGGUCUUGGGCGGCGUCGCAUCCAUCAGUUUCUGGGUGGGUUCCUUGUUUGGCAUUGCCCUGAUUGAGCGAGUGGGCCGGAAGAAGCUGCUUGUUUCUGGGACAAUCCCAAUGUUAGUCGGGUAUUGUAUUUAUACGCCCAUGGUCAAGAAUGGAGGGACUGGACAGCUGUGGGUAGCUUUCGGAGCGACGUGCUUGAUAUGUGUGGCGUUCGGUUGGAGCUGGCUGCCGGCUCCUUGGUGCCUUGGCCCUGAACUCGUACCUGUCAGAUACAGACAUAUCGGAAAUGCAUUGAAUGCGUUUGCAAACUGGACCUUCACCUUCAUUAUCGUCAAGGUUGGCCCGAUCGGUAUUGCCAAUAUCCACUGGCGGCUGUACAUCGUAUUCAUAAUCUUCACCUUUCUGCAACUGCCCAUUGUUUGGUUCCUGUACCCUGAAACUCGCGGUCUGACCCUGGAGGAGAUUGAUACACUCUUCGUCAAAGAUCAAGUCGAGACGGAUACUCUGGUAGAAAAGGCCGAGCAAGUACGCCAUUUGGAGAGCAAACAAGCCGGUGUCGUUUCAUCUGUUGAUGCGGCGUAG